GAAUACAAACCCAACCCAGCUCAUUUGUCUUGAGGUCUAGGACGAGACAAGAUGUCUUGCUGUUGUUGUUGUUGGCCCAGAUCCACGGGCAGUGGAUCAAAAAAAGGCCGAAGAAACUUGUGGCAUGCUUUCCUAAAAUGCUUUAGGAAGCUGUGUGGAUGUCGCAAGUCAUUAGUCAGAGUUGCCCCCGAGGAGGAGGUCUCUGAAGUGCAAAUUCAAGAUAUCCUGAGAAAACAUACCUACUCACCUCCCAAAUACCGGGAAAGGCUCUUUUUGAGACCCAAAGAAGGCACGAAAGGGAGCCACAGCUUUCAGACUCUGGCCCAGGUGCACAGGUCCUGGCAGCACGACCUGGAGGCUGUGGAGGAGCUGCCAGAGACUCCGUCUCAAAUAGAGCAGUCGGACUCUUCUGAAUGUAUUUCGACAGACCAGGAAUCCAGCCAAACUGGUGAUUCAACAGAAGCCGACAGCAAAGCUUCGUCUCAAAUAGAGCUGUCGGACUCUUCUGAAUGUAUUCCGACAGACCAGGAACCCAGCCAAACUGGUGAUUCAACAGAAGCUGACAGCAAAGCUUCGUCUCAAAUAGAGCUGUCGGACUCUUCUGAAUGUAUUCCGACAGACCAGGAACCCAGCCAAACUGGUGAUUCAACAGAAGCUGACAGCAAAGGUCCGUCUCAAAUAGAGCUGUCGGACUCUUCUGAAUGUAUUUCGACAGACCAGGAAUCCAGCCAAACUGGUGAUUCAACAGAAGCCGACAGCAAAGCUCCGUCUCAAAUAGAGCUGUCGGACUCUUCUGAAUGUAUUCCGACAGACCAGGAACCCAGCCAAACUGGUGAUUCAACAGAAGCUGACAGCAAAGGUGAAGACACUGGGGAAUCAGCUUCUUUAUGUGCUAUUCCUCAGGAACAUGCACCCCCAGCAGGCAAGCUGGGGCCAUCAAAAACCAUUCAGGAUGCUGCAGGUACUCCUGAGGACCUGGAGCUCACUGCAUCGCUGAAGGGUCAGCUUGACAUUGACCAGGGUCCCUCAGGAGGUCCUCAGGCACCUGAACUCACAGCAUCUCUGGUGGGGGAGCCAGGCCAGGGCCUGGAAGACUCAGGACAGCCUGUUUGGGGUGAGCUCCCCCCACCUCUGCUGGGGGAGGCAGACCCAGACCCACCUCCCACUGGAUGUCCUGAGGCUGCCACAAUGACACCACCACAGCAGGUGGAGCCAGGCCCUGACCAUCAGGAUGUAGAAUAUACAGAGGUUGUUGAGUUCCAGCUGUAAGGGGGAAAGGAUGCCCUGAAUUAAUUCUGUACCAGCUUUGUGGACUCCACCCCCACUCCAGACCAAAGCCAUCAAGUCUUGGGAAAGCAAAUCCCAUCACCAUCCAAGGGAAGAUUGCUGGGACCUGAGUUUGGAGUUCAGCAGCCAGUUUUGGUGUAAGACCAGACACGUGGGUCUUGGGGGGUCUCUCUCUCCUCCUUGGCUUCACGGCUCGUGGCUCGCGGCCACUGGGAUUCCAGGUCGGCAGAACGGGGGAGGACGCAUGAAAGACUUUAUCUCCCUAUUUUCUCCCCGAGCUGUACAUAUCCUCAUUUCCCCUUCCCUUGUAAAUAAACUUUUA